UUGAUUUGGAUAUAUAGGCAGCGUUUUCAUCAGUUGAGUAAAGCAGUUCGAGCCCAGAAAGCAAGAGAACAAGACGAAAGAUACCACGUGCUACUACCCAAGCAACUCUACAAAGUACACAUUUUUUCUUGAAAGAAAAAGUAAAAUUUGAAAAAAGACAUGGCCAAGAAAGCACCCUGCAUUGGUAUUGAUCUGGGUACUACAUACUCAUGUGUAGGAGUAUUCCAACAUGGUAAAGUGGAGAUUAUCGCCAACGACCAGGGCAAUCGUACAACUCCAUCUUAUGUUGCCUUUACCGAUACCGAACGUUUGAUUGGAGAUGCCGCUAAAAAUCAGGUUGCCAUGAACCCAAUCAACACAGUUUUUGAUGCCAAACGUUUGAUCGGUCGUCGUUUUGAAGAUGCUUGUGUUCAGAGCGACAUGAAGCAUUGGCCUUUUAAAGUGGUUAGCGAUGGAGGAAAGCCGAAAAUCCAGGUUGAAUACAAGGGCGAGACCAAGACUUUCUCUCCGGAAGAGGUCUCGUCUAUGGUGCUUGUGAAGAUGAAGGAAACAGCCGAGGCUUAUCUUGGACAGAAGGUGACGGAUGCUGUCAUCACUGUUCCUGCCUACUUCAACGAUUCCCAACGUCAGGCAACAAAAGAUGCUGGAACUAUUUCAGGCUUGAAUGUCCUUCGUAUCAUCAACGAGCCCACUGCUGCAGCUAUUGCUUAUGGUCUUGAUAAAAAGGUCACUGGCGAACGCCAUGUCUUGAUCUUCGAUCUUGGAGGCGGUACUUUCGAUGUUUCCAUGCUUACCAUUGAGGAAGGAAUUUUCGAGGUCAAGUCUACAGCUGGAGAUACUCAUUUGGGUGGUGAAGAUUUUGACAACCGAAUGGUCAACCACUUUGUACAAGAAUUCAACCGAAAACACAAGAAGGAUCUGUCAUCCAAUCCACGAGCUCUUCGUCGUCUUCGCACAGCCUGCGAGCGUGCUAAGCGAACGCUUUCUUCUUCCAGCCAGGCCUCAAUUGAGAUCGACUCGCUCUUUGAGGGUAUCGACUUCUACACCAGCAUUACAAGGGCUCGUUUUGAAGAACUUUGCGCCGAUCUUUUCCGUGGAACCUUGGAACCUGUAGAAAAGGCCCUUCGAGAUGCCAAGAUGGACAAGGCUCAAAUUCACGAAAUCGUUUUGGUCGGAGGUUCAACUCGUAUUCCCAAGAUUCAGAAGAUGUUGCAGGAUUUCUUCAACGGAAAAGAGUUGAACAAGUCUAUCAACCCUGAUGAAGCCGUCGCCUAUGGCGCUGCAGUCCAAGCUGCUAUCCUUCACGGAGACAAGUCUGAGGCUGUUCAAGAUCUGCUGCUGCUCGACGUUGCUCCUCUAUCCUUGGGCAUUGAAACUGCAGGCGGUGUGAUGACAUCCCUCAUCAAGCGAAACACCACCAUUCCGACAAAGCAAACUCAGGUUUUCACCACCUAUGCUGACAAUCAACCCGGUGUGCUGAUCCAGGUGUACGAAGGAGAACGAGCGAUGACCAAGGACAACAAUCUGCUGGGAAAAUUCGAAUUGACUGGAAUCCCUCCCGCACCACGAGGUGUUCCCCAGAUUGAAGUUACUUUCGAUAUCGAUGCUAACGGCAUCUUGAACGUGACUGCUGCCGACAAAUCAACUGGUCGCGAAAACAAGAUCACGAUUACAAACGACAAGGGUCGUCUGUCGAAGGAAGAGAUCGAGCGCAUGGUCAACGAUGCCGACAAGUACCGUGAUGAAGAUGAGAAGCAGCGUGAACGAGUAUCGGCCAAGAAUGCUCUCGAAUCUUAUUGCUUUAACAUGAAGCAGACAAUGGAAGAUGACAAGGUCAAGGAUAAGAUUCCAGAGUCUGAUCGCCAGACCGUGUUGGACAAAUGCAGCGAAGCUAUCAAGUGGCUGGACGCUAAUCAGCUUGCCGAUAAAGAGGAAUUUGAGCACAAGCUCAAGGAAAUUGAAGGAGUUUGCAAGCCUAUCAUCACCAAGUUGUACGCAGCCGGUGGAGCACCGCCAGGAGGAAUGCCUGGUGGUAUGCCCGGAGCCGCUGGAGGUGCUCCUCCCCGUGGUGGAGCUGGUGGCCCAACCAUUGAAGAAGUUGAUUAAUCUCUGAAUUUCUUACUAAACUUAUUGAACUGAACUUGAUCAAACUUUUUUAAUACCUUUUCUAAAAUCACUAUGCGAGUUGCCUAGUCUAUUUGAGUUGUCAAGAUGUUUGAAUGUUACUUUGCGAUUAAAUGUAUUCCUGAUCCAUACGCGGAUAAAUGAAAAAUACAGUUGUACGAAGACAAA